AUGUUACUCACAUCGAUUUACGCGAGAACAAUAACGUAUCAACAGUUUCAUACGAGUGCUCGACGAAAUGCGUUACCUGUACUUGGCAUCGCAUCAAAACUAAUUCUCAAAGGGCUUGCGUGGCUCAGUGGAAGGAGCGUACGAGUAUGGUACCGAGGUUUGCCAAAAGACAAGCGAAUUAUACUCAAGGAACAUAUAAUUCGUAACCGACUUCGUUAUCUGGGCAUUAUCGCAGGUCUCAGCGUUGGAUCAGCUAUUCAUGUUUAUACGCAUAUCGAAAGCACUCCGAUCAGUGGACGUCGACGAUAUAUGGUCAUCACCAAAAAACAAUUAGACAAAAUAGUGAAUUCUGCUAAAACAGCGAGGGAUUUGGCUGCUUAUGAAUUCGUACUACCUGAAACCAGCGAGGAAACGAAACGAGUUGUCAAAAUAUCGGAACGGCUCCUGGCGGCUAAUCUUGAUCUCCCGGGUAUUCGAUCCUACAAUUGGUCGAUCAAAGUAGUAAAUAAACCGUAUUGGAACGCCGACGUGUUUCCGACCGGAGCAAUCUAUAUAACCAAACGGAUGAUAGCGACAGAAAACGAUGAUAAUAAACUAGCAUGUAUCCUCGGUCAUGAGAUUGCACACGUCAUUCUUGGUCAUACGGCCGAGAGCUUAUCCCAAAUGCAAGUGACCGAUCUUCUGGGCGUAAUUGCGGCUUUCUUUAUCUGGAGCAUUCUCCCAAGUGACUGGUCGUCGUUCCUAGCAUAUUAUAUUUAUAAUAAGUUUGUCAAAUAUUCUAUUCGUUUAUCCCAUUCACGCUCGACGGAAGAAGAGGCGGAUGUUGUUGGUUUAAGAAUAGCUGCAAAGGCAUGCUAUGACGUUCGGAGAGCAGUCUUUCUCUGGAAAGAAAGGUCUACAUGUAAAGGUGAGAGAAGCGAUCGGACAUUCAGCUCGACACAUCCGACUAAUGCAAGAAGAGCACAGAAUUUACAAAAACUAAUGCCUUUGGCAGUAGAUUUGCGAAUGAGAUGCAGUUGCUGCAAAUUGGACACGCUAUCAAAUUUUCAAGAGGAUCAAUUGGAAAACAAUCAUGUCAUAGUUAAAAAAUACAAACAUAUUUUCGAUAAACGUGAUUUAACAGCAAUCUAA